UUUCGUGUAAAAAAAAUCCAGCAAAGAGGCUGAAUCAAAAUCGGUGUGAAAUCUAAGUGGAUCGCGCGUUUUCAAUGGUUAAAAUGAAGUUUUUAAAGUAUUUAAUAUUACCAGCAAUCAUUAGAAGUCCCUGGACUGAAAUUAGUAUUUUAAUAUUGUACUGAAUCUGUUCCGAAACGCGUUUUGGUGUUAAGUGAGGUUAAACCUGUGCUAAACUUGAUACUGUGUGAGUCACGAAUAGCGAAAAACCGUUCACCUAGUUUGAUAUAGAUACGUCAGCGAUUUUUUUUCAAACGUUCGAAAUAUUGAACUCUCCGCGUCUUCACCUCAGUGCUGCUAUGAUUUCCAGUGAGUUCUUCAGGUAUAACGCGUAUAACAGUUUGAAAAAUUUGGACAAAAUCAAAGGGGUGGUCACGAAUAAGAUGCACAACAUCGAGAGCGCUUUUGUCACCAGCAACGUGGGAUACAGGGCGAAGAACGAUCCAGGAGACUGACGUAAAACGAUUUUUAAGUCCCAAAAUGAUAAUUUGACGUUUACUUGAUAGCUGGAGUAGUCUGUGUGAGAUAAGGAUUUCCACAGAUCUACAUCUAUAGGAGAAAAAAAUUAUCCACGUCUAAGUUGGAUCGAAAGGGAAAACGCAAAUAGUUGAAUUUGCAAGGGAAAGAAGCUUAGAAGCAGAGAGAACUGUUUCGAAAAAAAUCUGUUUUAAAGACACCCAGUGAAGUGCAUCGACAAAGACUAAGUGAAAAGUGACGCUUUUUAAGUGUGAUCGAAACAGUGAUUGAGUGAAAUAAUGGCCUUUUUUAAAAGGCUGUUUCGUAAAAAGAACCAGGGGAAUCAUUGUGACCCAACUGUUCAGGAACAGAACUCAGAACUUCUACUUGAAUCAGGUAUGAGUAGUGCCAAACGCAUGCUCAUAAACAAAGGGGAAAGCGAUGAAAUGGAAAUAAAUGGAUACAGAAGAAACAAAUUCAAGACCGCACUGACGUAUAUUUCUUUCGUUUUAACAUUAGGAAUAUCGAGACUGAUCUUUCAUUGGAUGCCCCAUUGGUACCUAUACGCAACCAGCUCCAUAUGUUCAGUUACACAAGCCCAAAGUAUUUUGGUUAUAGAAACAUUCAGACUCCGGAAAAUUUUGCACGUCUGUCGAAUGAAAAUCCUGACCGCCGAUGACGUAUUCAAGUUCCAACAAGGCGAAGACAAUAAACACAGUGUAAAUCCGGAACUCAUCGAAGUAUUGACGCAGUGUGCUCCCUCCUUAAGCGUGAACUUCGCAAAUGGCACUUUUAAAAACGUAGACAGGCUGAUGAUCUUCUCUCACAAGAGGGUGAACUACAUCUGGAAUCACGAGAAUCAGAUAUUCGAAAAGCUCACGUCUUUGGAUGUUGGCGUCUCGGGGCAAACUCUGCAUAAUUAUAUGCCCUUAUCUGAAGAAGAAGCUUUCAAGAGGCGCGCUGUCUAUGGAUCAAACAUCAUAUUGAUAGAAAGAAACACCGUUACUGGACUCUUAUUUCAACAGGUUUUGGGCCCAUACUACAUCUUCCAGGGCUUCAGUCUUUUACUUUGGUUCUAUGACAACUAUAUCUAUUAUGCUGCAGCUGUGCUUGGUAUAAGCUCUUAUAACAUCGGCCAGAGUGUCAGGCAAACUAGAGAGACUGAAAAAAGACUAUGGGAGACCUUACACGGAUCUGACAUGUGCGAGGUUCAGAGGGUGAAGAAGAUUAGGAGAGGUACCGAUGAAGAAGAAGUCGUAAUAACAACUGAGAAGUUAUCGACAGAAUGUUUGGUGCCUGGUGAUAUUUUGGUGAUACCUGCACAUGGCUGUAUGAUGCACUGCGAUGCAGUAUUGCUCAGUGGAAAUUGCGUGGUGAACGAAGCAAUGUUAACUGGUGAAUCAGUACCAGUCACUAAGACAGCAAUACCAGACGAAGACGAUGUAAUUUACGAUGCGAAGGAACACGCAAGACAUAGCCUGUUUUCUGGGACUAAAGUGAUACAGACUAGAUACGAUAAGGGUAAAGUGCUAGCGGUGGUGAUAAGAACAGGGUUCUGCACCGCCAAAGGUAGCUUAGUAAGGAGCAUCCUUUAUCCAAACCCCAUAGACUUCAAAUUCGAGAAAGAUUCCUACAAAUACGUCUUCCUGACUGCUGUGAUUGCACUAGUAGCGAUCGUUUACGAAGUUUACUUGAAGACAUCAAGAGGAGUUCCUGCUUCAGUGAUCAUCCUACAAGCUCUAGACGUGAUAACUAUAUCUGUCCCACCAGCUUUACCCUCUGCUAUGACUGCUGGUUAUUCCAAUGCCCAGAAAAGACUGAGGAAGGAGGAGAUAUACUGCAUUGCUCCAAGGAUCAUUAACGUUGCAGGAUCCAUCAAUUGCGUGUGCUUCGAUAAGACUGGUACUCUUACUGAAGAUGGACUGGAUCUCUACUGCGUCAUUCCAGCAUCUGGAGGCUCUCUAGGUCCACCCAUAACUGAUGUAGCUAAACUACCGUAUGAUACAUUUUUCGGUGGUUUAGUAUCCUGCCACUCUUUAACCAUCAUCAACGGGGAAAUAGUUGGUGAUCCUUUGGACCUGAAGAUGUUCGAGAGUACCGGUUGGUCCAUGAAAGAAUCCGAUAACGAAGACAACAAAUACAAACCCUUGGUGAGGGCUUCCUUCGAACCCCCCAAAGGCACCACUCAAACCCUCAACGGCGUGGAGGAAAUCGCCCUUUUGAGGGAGUUUCCAUUCUCCAGUAGUCUCCAGAGGAUGGGGGUGAUAUCCAGAACCCUGGACAAGAAGGGAUUCGACUACUAUUGCAAGGGUGCCCCAGAAAUGCUCCUGAACUUCAUCGACAAGCGUACGUUACCGAGGAACUUCCACGAGAUCUUGGAGAAUUACACCCAGGAGGGUUUCAGGGUGAUAGCCAUCGCCCACAAGGAGAUCUUCACCAAAUACUCGAAGUUGCACAAGAUACACAGGGAGGAAUUGGAGGUUAAUUUGGAGUUUCUGGGGUUGAUCGUGUUGGAGAACAGACUGAAACAGGAAACUACAGCUUCCAUCAACGAACUCAACGACGCUGACAUACGUUGUGUCAUGGUAACAGGGGAUAAUCUUCUAACCGCUAUAAGCGUCGCCAGAGACUGCGAUAUGUUAAGACCACACGAAAGCGUGAUAACCAUCAAUUGCGACAACAGCACUCCUCCCAAUCUCUACUUCACCCUCAACAAUUUGAAACCCAAGAAUACCCCCAACGACGCAAGUGUUAUGUCCAAUUCUGCCAGUGUUAUCAGUCUGGACACUGUGGAAUCUCAGGUUCAGAGCUCCUAUAGGAACGGCGAUCCAAAGAAACCUGCCAUCAACAACAACUACAGGUUUGCCCUCACUGGUAAAGUGUGGGAAGUCAUCAGGGAGUAUCAUUCCGAUGAACUGCUUGGAAGGGUCUUGACCAGAGGUACGAUUUUCGCCAGAAUGGGUCCUGACCAGAAGCAACAGCUGGUAGAGGAGCUCCAGAAGCUUGGAUAUUAUGUUGGCAUGUGUGGUGAUGGAGCCAACGAUUGUGGAGCCCUCAAAGCAGCACACGCAGGAAUAUCCUUAUCUGACGAAGAAUCAUCCCUAGCAAGUCCUUUCAAUUCGAAACGGCCCAACAUAAGCUGCGUGGUUAAGGUGAUCAAGGAAGGAAGGGCAGCUCUGGUCUCCAGCUUCGGCAUCUUCAAGUACAUGAUCUUCUACAGCAUGAACCAACUCGCCGGUGUCAUCAACCUAGCCGUUUCCUACACCAACUUCACCGAUUUCCAAUUUUUGUGGAUGGAUCUGGGCAUAACCUCUCCUUUCGCCCUUUUCUUCGGUUCCAACAAGGUUUUCGACGGUCCUAUGUCCAAAGAGCCUCCACUCACCAGUCUGAUAAGUCCGCAGCCUAUAGCCUCCCUCUUCAUACAUCUCAUAGUGUCGGUAGCCUUCCAGAUGGGUCUUUUUGCAUGGAUGCAGAGUCAGAAGUGGUACACGCCACCUGUGAUCUCUCUGGACGAAGAGGCUUUGCCCACCUACGAAAAUUACAACGUUUUUAUAACAGUUUGUCUCCAGAACAUCGCCAUGGCGCUAGUCUUCUCCAAGGGCAAACCGUAUCGAAGGAUAAUCUUCAGGAAUCCUAGGGUUAUGCUAACCACUCUGAUAACCACGGUUAUAACCAUUUAUCUAGCUUUGGAACCUGCUCCCUUCUUGCAACAUUUGGUUGGACUCAUGCUACCACCAGACACUUUUUACAAACUAUCGUUGAUGCUCUUCUGCCUGCUCAGCUUCCUAGUAGCUUACGUGAUAGAGUACUACGUCAUAGAUGAGCUAGUGGCCAAAUGCACACGUAAGGUGGAUAAAUCGUUGAAAUACGUUCGAAUCGAAGAGGAGCUCAACAUGGAUACAAGCUGGCCACCUUUAACAUCUCCAGAAGAUUUCAAAGCUACUGCAAGUCCAGACAAUACAAUACCUGACGAACCGGCUAACUUCGUUGUGGAGAAGGAUUUGAAGUUGAAGAAUCGUAUUUUGGCACCAGUGGUAUCGGACUAUACUUCUAUAAUCCUCGAGGAACCAAAGCUAGACGAGAAGGCGAUGGCUAGUAUCUUAACGGAACCGCCAAAGCUGGUCAAUUUGGGACCGGUUCAAAUAGACUGUAUACCUACCACCAAACAGGCUGGAGGUGGUAACAAUCUGUCGUUGAAGACUAUAAGCGAGAACAAUUUAAAUAAUUUCGAAGGUUCCAGGAGCUACCAAGUGAACACUGCUACUUUGAACGCUACACCAAGCAGGAACCCUUGUCCAAAUAACUUCCAGUUGAGCUUGACCAAAAGCCCUGCCCAGUCAGAGGAUCUCUUCUCCAGUGUACCCUCUAAUUUCAACAAUAUAUCCAGCGGAAGUGACACUUUCCAAAGUUUUUCACCAAGUGAAGACUUCUCUCCUAGUUCUAGCUCGAAUUAUAACAUACCAGAUCUUCCCAGGGAUGAUACAGAGAAGCUUGUGCCAAUCACCAACGGAUACUUGAAUGGUUUUAGCCCAAACGAAGAUAUUAUUGAGGGGAAAAGCUGAGGCCAAUUUCUUAUUCUAGUAUAUUCAAUUUUGAAAUUUCCACCCUUGGUGGAGGUCGCUACAUAUCUAUUCACCAUAAUAGAGUCAGUAUUAGGAAUUUUUAGAAGGCUCAGUGAAUAUAAACUACCAACACUUCGAUCUCCAAUUUUUUAUUUUGAUGUUUCGUUUACACAACAUCCAAUCCGAGGUGUAUCCAGUCAGAGUGCAUUUUUAGUACGAAAUAUUUCAUGAAAUUUUAACCCAAGAACCAUGAGACUGCGUUUUAGUAACUUGUGACAAGAAGAAAUUUUUCCUUCCCUAAAAUGUACUUAUUUUAUCUUGAUUUGUUCAGAAAAUGCCUGAAUUUUUUAUAUUCAAAUUAUUCUCGAGUUUAACCGUGGUAUUUCGAUAAAGAUCGAGAAUGGAAAAAUAGUUAUAAGGAUAAUUUAGGUAGAAUAAUAAUUUAAUUGUGUUAUUUUUCAAUUAGUUUUGUUGCUUUAUUUACUUUAUUAGUGUCCUAAGCUGCAAAUGAUCUUAUCAUUAAUUUUGUGAAUAUCCUCUAUGCAUUUACGAAUUAUUUGAAUUGCGAUUUUGAUAAUAUUGUUUCUGUAUAUUAAAUUCCAUUUGUUAUAUAGAUAAAUAUACCUACUGUGUUAACACACAAGUUAUUAAUGUAAAUUGUUUCUCAAUGAAUGAAAAUUGAUACUUA